AUGGCGACAGCAGCAGCAGCAGACAGCGAGCUUCUCGCUCUGCUGCAGCAGCAAGUCAACCCGGGGGGCUCCCCAGAGGAAGCAGAAGAAGAGGAGGAGCAGCAAGAACCUGCUGCUGCUGCUGCUGCUGCUGCUGCUCCUGCUGUUACUCCUACACCCUAUGAAAUUCGCUGCUAUCUGGGUUCAGGGAGAUGCAGCAUCACUGAGACCGAGCGACAGAAGGUCUUAGAAGGGUUUGCUGCUUGGCAGCAGCAGCAGCAGCAGCAACAGCAGCAGCAACAGGAACUCGAGUGUACAGGCACCAUCUUCCCGUGGGGGGGGCGCCGCAGCAGGGAGAAGACGUUCCCCCUCUUCAGCAGCAGCAGCAGCAGUAGCAGCAGUAGCAGCAGCAGCAGCAGCAGCAGCAGCAGCAAGUGGGGUCGGCCAAGCAGCUGCAUGGUGCGCCCGCUUCGGUCUGAGGCAGUGUUGCAGCAGCGGCAGCAGCAGCAGCAGCUGCAGCAGCUGCAGCAGCAGCAGCAGCAAUGCGAAGAGCAGGGACAGUACUUAGCUGCUUUCCGUUGUCGGCAGCAGCUACGGCAGCAGCAGCAGCAGCUGCUGCUGCAGCAAGGAGAAGCAGCAGCAAAGCAAGAAGCUAUUAAGAAAGUCGCUCAAGCUAACUGCUGGGCGCUGGCUCUCUCUCUGAAUAAAAAAUAUCAAACGCAGCAAUACAGAGACACACAAUUAGUCUGCAGAGUAUACACCCCAGACAACAAAACCAUCAAAAAAAUACCCAUGCAGCACCGCGCUCGUGCUUCUUUGUCUGCUGAGGAGAUCUGUCGCCGGGAAACAGAGUUGAGAGAAACCCUUUUAAGUACACUUCAAUUAGCGAACAAACUGAGGGAGCAGCUUGGCUUCCUUAGGCACCACCAUAACUGCAGCAGCAGCAGCAGCAGCAGCAGCAGCAGCAGCAGCAGUGGUAGUAGUAAUAGUAGUAGUAGCGGGAACAGCGGGAGCAGCAGCAGUACCAGAAGCAGCGGUAGCAGCAGCAGCAGAAAAAACAGCAGCUACGGCAACAGCAGCAGCCGCAGCAGCCGCAGCAGUAGCAGCAGCAGCAGCAGCAGCAGCAGCAGCAAAGUGUUUCGUAGGACAGUUCCGAGGCCCCUCUCAGCGGGGCCUCCAAUGGGGGGCCCCUAG